GGCCAGAGUGAUCAAAGUUUCGCUUACAAUUAGGGUUUCAAUCGCAACGAAAGCAAAAGGCAUUUUCUCUCUUUCUCUGUGAUCGUUUUCUUUCUCUUUGAUCGUUCGUCCAUUUGGAUUGACUGUGCUUCGAAAUCAGUCCAGACGAUAAUCGAAUAGCUUCAAAGCUCAAAGCUCUCGCCCAAUCGAAUCGAUCAGGUUUGCUUCUUCUCUUCACGCGUCUCUGCAAUCGCAUUGUUCCUUCUAGGGUUUCGUUCGUUUUCGACCGUUAAUUGAUACCCAAGAGGCUUUUUUUUUUUUCGCCGAACGCGUAUUUCUUGAGGAUAAUGGUUUUUGGUUAUGGGUUUGAUGCACGCUCAAACUGGAUAUCUAGGGUUUCGAUUUUAGGGUUACUUUUAUUGUUGUUUAGGAUACGCCUUGGGAUCGGCGACUGGCUAGUUUGAAAAGUUUUCGAAUUGAUUGAAAGGAUUUGAAGAAUCCGCCCUCGCUAGUUUUCUCGAUUCUUAGAGGGUGAUCGUACGUCGAUUUGGAUUUCAAGGCUUAUCGGGCUUCGUAUAUUUUUAGGGUUUUCUGAAGAUCGAUGAAAUAUUGAAAUUCUGUUUGAGGGGGUGAUCUUCAAAGCUGUCUCUCUACGAUUUCUUAUUGGUUUCAAAAUUUGUGUUUAUAGUAUGGCCACUAAGGUAGUGAGGAGGCACACCAAUAGACCAGAAAGAUCAGUGUAUGCUCGACCUGCAGGAGGACCUUCAAAAACUGUUUGCGCCUUUUGGGCUGCUGGAAGGUGCACAAGGGAAUUCUGUCGUUUCCUGCACGCGGAUGCACCGCCUUCAUCCAUGAACCCUCAAAUUUCAAAGAAGUCGUCUCUUGUUUGGACGAAGGAAAGAACUGCCACGGGAAAGGGCAAUGCAUGCAAUGCUACUCAGAAAAGCAAUGCUCCUCAGAAAAUCAAUGCUCCUCACGAAAGCAAUGCUCCUCAGAAAAGCAAUGCUGCCCAGAAAAGAAAUGCUACUCCGAAAAAUAAAAUCAAUGCUCCUCACGAAAGCAAUGCUCCUCAGAAAAGCAAUGCUGCCCAGAAAAGAAAUGCUACUCCGAAAAAUGUCUGCAAGUUCUGGGUAGAUGGAAAUUGUGUGAAAGGUGAUCGAUGCCUGUAUUUGCAUAACUGGUUCCGUGGUGAGGGGUUCUCCAUGUUGGCAAAGCUCCAAGGGCACACGAAGGCUGUCACUGGUAUUGCCCUUCCUGAACGAACUAACAAGCUUUAUUCAACCAGUAAAGAUGGAACAGCCAGAGUUUGGGACUGCCAUACUGGUGAAUGUGGCAGUGUGAUUGAUCUUGGUGGUGAAGCAGGUUCUUUAAUUAGUGAGGGCCCAUGGGUUUUUGCUGGUGUGCCAAAUCUUGUUAAGGUUUGGAAUACUGAGACAAAUUCUGAAUUCAACCUGGAUGGACCUGUUGGCCAAGUGCAUGCUAUGGUGGUUGGUAAUGAAAUGCUUUUCGCCGGGACACAGAAUGGUGAUAUAUGUGUGUGGAAAGGUAGCACUGAAACUAAUCCGCCAUUUUAUCCUGCUGCAACUCUGAAGGGCCACACUGGUGCCGUGGUAUGUUUAACUGUUGGGCGUAACAGGCUUUACUCGGGUUCUGUGGACCAUACAAUUAAGGUGUGGGACCUUUAUACUUUGCAGGGUGUUCUGACACUAAAUGGGCAUUCUGGUUCGGUAAUGUCUCUUCUUUGCUGGGAUCAGUUCUUGCUCUCGUGCUCACUGGACGACACGAUAAAGGUGUGGGCUGCCACUGAAGGAGGCGGUUUGGAAGUGACCUACACUCACAAUGAAGAGCAGGGUGUUCUUGAUCUUGCCGGAAUGACAGAUGCAGAAAGCAAGCCAAUCUUGCUUUCUUCUUGCAAUGAUAAUUCUGUCCGCAUAUAUGAACUGCCAUCAUUCACUGAAAGAGGCAGAUUAUUUGCAAAACAAGAAGUUCGGACGGUCGAGGUAGGACCUGGAGGACUAUUCUUCAGUGGGGAUGCAACUGGUCUCCUUUCUGUUUGGAAGUGGAUGGAUCCUCCCUCCGUCAAAGUGGAGUCUUCAUGAGUUACUUUACUCCAUCUAGUUCCGUGAAUAUUUUAGACAAGAACAUUUCCUUCAGUUUGCAUGAGCCAUUGCUAUGGUGGCCGUGAAGGCAUCAAUGAACAAUUGUAGCAAUCCUGUAUCUAAAUUUUUGACAGCCAGUCAGUUAUUCAGAUUAGUUUUGUUCAUUUAUGUAGGGAUCAAUUUUUAAUACAUGAUCUCUAGGAUGCUUGUUCGUACACUGUAAUGUACAGUGAAAGUUUUCAUUAUUGAGAAUUUAAAUUCAUGAUAAAAGCAAAAUUCUUU